AUGGACUCCCCACGACAGACGUUCAAGACCGCCCGAGGGCACACAUACUCCCUCGUCCACAUCCCCCCCAGGGACAGCCGCCGACCAACCCUGCUCCUCCUGCAUGGCUUCCCCUCACACCUCCACGACUGGGUCCACCAGACCGGCUACUUGGCCGCCCACGGCUACGGUGUCCUCGCCCCAGACCUGCUGGGCUACGGCCAGACGGACCAGCCCUCGUGCCCCGAUGCGUACCGGCUAAAGCUCAUGAGCGACGAUAUCGCCGACAUGGUCCGCGCGCUCGUCAUGGUAGCAGGCCACCCCAAGCGCAGCACGCUCGUCGGCGUCGGCCACGACUUUGGCGCCACGCUGCUCUCGCGUGCCGCUGCCUAUUAUCCCGAGCUGUGGCAUCGCCUCGUCUUUCUGGCCGUCGGGCCCCCCAAGCUCGGCACCCCAUUCGACGUGGAUUCCAUCAAUCACAUGACGAGGCAGAUUCUCGGGUUUGAGCUGUUGGGGUACAUCAAGUGGCUCGCGACGGAUCCGCAGGCCGCCACCACGCUCGAGAGCCACGCCCAGGCGGUCAUGAAUCUCGUCUUCUGCGCCGAUCACGGCGUCUGGGACGAAUGGUACCGUCCGCUGGGGAAGAUGAAAGAGUUCUGCGAGCAGGAGCGUCGAGUGGCCAUGGGCGCGUGGUACACGGCUGACCUGCAGCGACAGCAUCUGGAGUGCUUUGCGCGUCCGGGGGGGUACCGAGGCGCAACCAUGUGGUAUACAAUGUGGACAGACAAUCUGUUUGCAGAAGAUGAGAAGGAACUGCAAGAGUUUCGCAUCCAGACGCCGACGCUAUUUGUAGGGGCAGAGGGAUUUGCCCAGCAGCGCGACCUGCUGGCUGCUUGGUGUGAGGACCUGACCUGCAGGGAAGUAGACGGCGGCCAUUGGAUCCAUCUCGAGCAAGCGAAGAGGAUCAAUACGCUGAUACAAGAUUUCCUGGAGUAA